CACGCAUUUGGGCAACUUGAUCAUGAUGCUGAAUAUGCAAUUAUUUAUUUAUUGUUGUUGUUGUUAAUUAGCAAGGAAAACUACCUACUGCAGUAAGAUUUAUUUGGAUGGAUCCAUAUUCAGGCAAUAACAUAUACACACAACCAGACUACUCAAAUGGACACAAUUCCUGUCCUUAAAGCACUAAGCACGCUGUUGCUGCGUAGCUCGAUUUUUAUGAAUUAUUAUCAUUUUUAUGUGUAUAUUAUCCAAGUGUAGCCUUUCAUCACGAGGAACGGGCUGUGGUGGGGGCGGAAUCCCGUUCAUCUUUCCAGCAUCACCGCCAUUUCUGAAUUAGACCGUUGUGCGUCAAACGCUCGCUCGGUGCGUUGUAGCUGCAUGAAGACGUACGGGCGACGAAAAUAUGCAUUAAUCAGAUUUUUCAUCGUCAUUCUUUGCCACGAAUGUGGUAUAUAUAAUAUAGGCUAACAUUAUUGGAUGCUUCUCUCUCGCGUUUCAUCCUUGCAUCUCUUAUGGGGUAUGUCGGAAAAAAAGCCUCCAUAUUCCAGUGAUACGCAUUGCACAGGGGAAUACUGUGGACCAAGCAGCAGACUGGAGACUCUCACAAGGACCUGUUUGCCACGGAUGACCCUACCUGUGGCACAAAGUCCCAGACAACACAGCUCCUAGGAUCAUUGAGACAUAACCCCCCCAAACACGAUGAGGCACAAGCGGAGCCCCGCUGAUGCUGAAGUGAAGGGCUUGGAUGAAACAUUCCUUGUUCAUAUUCUGAAUUGUCGUAUUGAAUCAUCUGCCUGAAAAAAAGGAAACCACUUCACAUCUUGGACUCAAGUUAUGGUUACAUGGCGGAAACAUCUGUGGACUGAACGUUUUGUGCGUCAGCCUUAUACAUGCUGCAAGGAAAUGACAUACAUGGGUUUGGAAUGUCACACAGGCACUGGCAAAUGGUGGGCUUUUCUAUGGCUUGGUCUCCUGAUCAUAAGCAUGUCGGCUGUAAAGGCUGAGAAACUUGAUGAAAAUAACCCAGUGGUCACUACCACCAACGGCAAGCUCCGUGGAAUCAAAAAGGAGUUGAACAAUGACAUUUUGGGCCCUGUAGUACAGUUUCUUGGCGUCCCAUUUGCUGCCCCGCCCACAGGCGAGCACCGCUUUCAGCCACCUGAACCGUCUGUGCCAUGGUCGGAUAUCCGCAACGCAACACACUUUGCCCCAGUGUGCCCCCAGAACAUUGUGGAGGGCCGCCUUCCUGAUGUAAUGCUUCCAGUGUGGUUCACCAACAGUAUUGACUUUGUAUCCGCAUAUGUCCAGGACCAGAGCGAGGACUGCCUUUACCUUAACAUCUAUGUCCCCACAGAAGAUGUCAAAAGAAUAUCCAAGGAAUGUGCAAGAAAACCGGGCAAGAAAAUAUGUAGGAAAGGAGGUCCCCUCGCAAAGAAACAGUCUGAUGAGUUAAGUGAUAGCGACCGCGCAGCAGACGAAGACAUAAGGGAGAGUGGAAGUCCCAAGCCAGUGAUGGUUUUCAUUCAUGGUGGAUCCUACAUGGAAGGAACUGGAAACCUAUUUGAUGGCAGUGUCCUGGCAAGCUACGGGAAUGUGAUUGUAAUAACAGUCAAUUACCGGUUGGGUGUUCUAGGUUUCUUGAGUACUGGGGACCAGGCGGCAAAGGGGAAUUAUGGUUUGUUGGACCAAAUCCAGGCUCUUCGCUGGACCAGUGAAAAUAUUGCAGCCUUUGGUGGUGAUCCAUUACGUAUCACUGUGUUUGGCUCGGGGGCUGGAGCCUCCUGCGUCAACCUUCUCACACUUUCUCACUAUUCAGAAGGCAACCGCUGGAGCAACUCCACCAAAGGUCUGUUUCAAAGAGCCAUCACCCAGAGUGGGACAGCACUGUCGAGCUGGGCCGUGAGCUUUCAGCCAGCUAAGUAUGCCAGAAUGCUGGCCCGUAAAGUUGGCUGUAAUCUCGAAGACACAGUCGAGCUUGUGAUGUGUCUUCAGAGAAAACAUUACAAAGAGUUGGUCAAUCAAGAUAUCCAGCCAGCACGAUACCACAUUGCUUUUGGACCUGUUAUUGAUGGUGAUGUCAUCCCCGAUGACCCUCAGAUACUGAUGGAACAAGGUGAAUUCCUUAACUAUGACAUUAUGCUCGGAGUGAACCAGGGUGAGGGUCUCAAAUUUGUGGAGCUGAUCGUCGACAAUGAAAAUGGUGUUCAAGCCAAUGACUUCGACUAUGCUGUGUCUAGCUUUGUCGAUGACCUUUAUGGCUAUCCAGAGGGUAAAGAUAUACUCAGAGAAACCAUCAAGUUUAUGUACACAGAUUGGGCCGAUAGGCACAAUCCAGAGACACGCAGGAAGACCUUGCUGGCCCUUUUCACUGAUCACCAGUGGGUAGCACCCGCUGUUGCCACAGCUGAUUUGCACUCCAGCUUUGGGUCGCCUACUUACUUCUAUGCAUUCUAUCAUCACUGUCAAACAGAACAGGUGCCACCGUGGGCUGAUGCAUCUCAUGGAGAUGAGAUUCCCUAUGUGUUUGGCCUGCCAAUGAUUGGACCAACUGACCUAUUUCCCUGCAAUUUUUCUAAGAAUGAUGUGAUGCUCAGUGCCGUGAUGAUGACUUACUGGACAAACUUCGCCAAAACCGGGGACCCUAACCAGCCUGUGCCCCAGGACACCAAAUUCAUCCACACAAAGCCAAACCGCUUUGAAGAAGUGGCCUGGACACGCUACAACCAGAAAGACCAGCUUUACCUGCACAUAGGCCUCAAGCCCCGUGUCAAAGAGCACUAUCGUGCCAACAAGGUUAAUUUAUGGUUGGAACUGGUUCCUCAUUUGCAUAGCCUUAAUGAUGUCACUCAUCUUAUCCCCACGACCACCAAGAUUGCUCCGUCAGGUGCCAGUAACCGCACCCCAAAACCAAAGGUUUUGGUGACUAAAAACUCUAACCCAACUCCAGUCCCAACUGAGAACCAGGACAUUCACAACCAACCGCAUCUGGUUGACCAGCGUGAUUAUUCCACCGAGUUGUCAGUGACCAUCGCUGUUGGAGCCUCUCUGCUCUUCCUCAAUAUUCUGGCUUUUGCUGCUCUUUACUACAAGAAGGAUAAGCACCGGCAUGACAUCCACAAACGCUGCAGCCCUAAACAGAGUGCAACCAAUGACCUUGCUCAUACACAGGAAGAGGAGAUAAUGUCUCUUCAGCUAAAACAACACUCAGACCUGAAUCAGGAUUGCAGGCAGAUGGGUAAUUCCCUGAAUCCUCACGAGGUGUUGCUAAGAACUACCUGCCCACCUGACUAUACUCUGGCCUUGAGGCGCUCACCGGACGACAUCCCUCUCAUGACACCAAACACCCUUAGCAUGAUCCCCGGUACUAUUGGACGGUUUACCUCCCUCCACACUAUCAGCACGUUUUCCGAACAAAAUAAAACUCUUCCCCACCCUCAUUCACAUUCCACCACCCGAGUAUAGUCCUGGAUAUCCACUCACAAGGAAAGGAUUCUCCCAAUGCCACUGCAGUUGGAGAAAUUUAUGAUAAUCCGUCAGAGGCUAACACCAGCCAGAAACAGUGGUUAUAGUGACAUUAUUAUCAAGGGAUGUAAGGCACUUUUUAUAUAAUAAUUUAAAAAAAAUCAUAAAAAUCAAGAAGUACAAAACAAUAAGAUACAGUUUCAGAACCAUUAGGAUAUAUUUUUCAGCAUUUUUACGUCGAUAUUAAAGCAAAAGAUGGACUGUGUAUUCUGGAAGUAGCCAGUAUUCGAAUCCAUUUGGGGCUGAUAGACAUAGUAAUAGAUAUUCAAUGCACUACUAUAAGGCAGAUUCCAUUCAAAGCAAAUUUGGCAUGUAAUUUCAUGAAUGGAGAUAUUGUAUUUGAAGAAAAUUUCAGAAAGAAAAACAUUUGAGGAAGUGUAUAAAGUAUUCACAAAAGAAACAAAGAAAGUUUCCAUUUUUUAAAUUCUGAGAUUGAGAAUCAUGAAAAAGUUAACAUUAGACCAGUUGAAAUGCAAGACUUUCAGUAUCAAUGUUAUAGAAAUGAGGGAGGGAGGGGGGUGUUAACCAAUUGUCAGAGCAGGAAUCAACCUGAAUCUUAUGGAAACGUUGAGAUGUUGGGGCUCCAGAAGGAUAACUAUAUUUUAGCACAUGGGCAUGACAUUUUAUUUUCUUGAUAUUUAAAAGGGAUCAUUUGUAUCCUAUUUUAAUACAUUCUAGUCAAAUUUCCUAAAUGGAUUAUUGGAAAACGUGCUUACAAGACUAUGGGGACUUCAGCCGUCUAACUACAUCGUGGCCUGAGGUUUGGUCAUUGGUUUGGUCAUGGAUAUAUAUAUAUGUAUAUGUAUAUGUAUAUGUAUAUAUAUAUAUAUAUAUAUAUAUAUAUAUAUAUAUAUAUAUAUAUAUAUAUAUAUAUAUAAUAUAGUGUGUGUAUGUAUAGGGCGGAAAACACUUGAAGGUCCGUUCUGAGACCCCCAAUUUAGCCAAAUUUCAAAAUUGUCCUAUAUGCAUAUGUGACACAUCAUUGGAAAGCUUAAAAUCUCUAUUUUCUGGGGGAAGAAAAAUUUUGAACAGGAGGGCAUUGAAAAAAAAAUAAAAAAAAUUAAACAGCAAAACUAACUGGAGGUGGGACACGCGAGAGCAUAUUUAAAGACUCCAUGAUUUUAACGAGAUAUUAUUGUGCACUUACCUCUUUUUGCUCCAAAAACUCCAUAUAGCAUGUAUCACCGAAUGUCAAGACAAAGCUGUUAAUGACCACAGACGGAUUUUUGGGGGAUUUUAUGGGUGAAACAAGGUAAUAUAACAAGGGUCGCGAUGCAGAAAUCGCAGACAUCAAGCAGUGGUCUAGAUUUUCAUUUUCAUAUAUUUACCCUUUUAAAGGGUUUUUUCCCCCUGAUUUUUCUUUGUUUGGAUCGAUUAUUUAUCAUCUAUAAUAUUGGGGAAAAUGCGACAGUAACGAAGAAAAUACAAUUAAGCGAUAGUUAUGAGGUACAGUAGAUAUCCGUGACUCUUUUACGGAUGCUAACUUUUUCAUUGUUACGUAAUUUAAGUUUAAAAUAUGCGAGUGAAUAAUUUUUGUGCUUUUUUUUAAAAACUAAAUAUUAGACAUCAAUUAAGGAUUCUGAGCAAAAAAUGACAGACAUUUUGAAUAAUAAAUAAGAUUACUUACUUUCUUUUUAUGGCUAGGUUGAAACAAAAGCGGUUGCACAACUUCUGUAAACGGGGGUUUCCAAGGUAAAACGGACAAAUUAAAAAUAGUUUGGGGACUUAAUGCGCCAUGAAUCUGCUGUGGCAGCAUAUAGACAUAUUGUUCUAUCAGACACAACAGUUCUUUUGUCUUAAAAUACAGCAGUUUAUUUUAAAGAGGGGUGCAAGAGCAGAACCUGCUUUUUCAGUCUUGUCUGUGUUUUCCGCCAUAUAUAAUAUCCAACGGAAACUUUAGGAAAAGCUUUGUAAUCUAUGUUGACACUUUAUUAAAUCUGUUGUACCAUCAAGUUCAUAUGAAAUUGCUCCAUUGUUAUGCGACUUUUAAGCACAUCAAACCUGUCACGUUCCUGUUCUCAUGCAGUUGCGGGUGGUGUGAUAAUUAUUGUGCUUUGGUGGGAAUGUUCAUGGUAUUGCAGAAUUUUGACCAUACAGAUGAGGCAGAGAAACAUAUGCAGGAGAAAAAAAUACCCUCUCCUUUUCUUGCAAGCACAAUCCUUCUAGGCAGGCUUUAGUAAUUUGUGUAUUUUAUGACAUCUUCUAAUCAUACAUUGCUGUGCUUUCCCUUCCCCGUCCAUCUUAUGUCUGAAUAUGUUUGCUGCCAAAAUUCUAUUACUGGUGCAGCAAUAAUUAUGUGCCCACUUGAACAAAACUGUACAUUGAAAAAAUGAAUGUUCACUAAUUUAUUUCUUUAUAACAUUAUAAAUAAGAUUCUGCCCACUAAAAGUGAUUCCUUUGCUUAAGUCCAAAAAAUAUAUUAUAGCCAGUCAGCCAAUUACUCACACUUACUUGAAUUACACGGCUGAUCAGGCGUACUGGACUGGACAAGACCAAGAAAGUCGAAACCACUUAUGCAGUCCUGGUACGGACGUGCCAAUAUACAUAUAUAUAACAGUGGUGGAUGAAGUACUUCCUUUUUUUUACUCAAGUAAAAGUACAGGGGCAAAAAUACUCAUGUAAAAAUAUAAAGGCACUUGCUUUAAAAUCUACUUUUCAAGUAAAAAGUAAAAGUAUUUUCUCCCGAUUCAAAAAUGUGUUUUAUAUACAUUGGGGAGAACAAGUAUUUGAUACACUGUCAAUGGGAAAACCCAUUGGCAGUGUAACAAAUACUUGUUCUCGCCACUUUAUAUACAUACAGUGGGGCAAAUAAGUAUUUAGUCAACCACCAAUUGAGCAAGUUCUCCUAAUUGAAAAGAUUAGAGAGGCCUGUAAUUGUCAACAUGGGUAAACCUCAACCAUGAGUAAUAAAUAAUAAUAAUAAUACAUUUUAUUUGAAGGCCCCUUUCUGGCACUCAAGGUCGCCGUACAAUCAUUUAAAACAUUUAAACAUAUUAAAAGUGAGAAAAUGAAAGUAUAAAACGUUUAAGGAAAUUUAAAAUACUAAAAGAGAUAUAUGGGCAGUUAAAAAAACAGAACUUAUUGAUUACUGUGGAUAGGCUAGUCAAAAGAGGUGAGUUUUGAGUUUUGAUUGAAAAAGGGGGAGGGAAUCUGUGUUCCUGAGGUCAGGUGGGAGUGAAUUCCAAAGUCGGGGAGCCGAGCGGCUGAACGCUCGGCUCCCCAUAGUGGUGAGGCGAGUGGGGGGGACAGACAGUUCUAUGGAGGAGGAGGAUCUAAGGGCACAGGAGGGAGUAGUAACCUGAAUGAGAUCGGACAAGUAUGGAGGGGCGAGGUUAUGGAUGGCCUUGAAUGUGAGGAGGAGAACUUUGAACGGAAUUCGAAAGUGGACCGGGAGCCAGUGAAGCUGUUGGAGGACUGGAGUGAUGUGGUAGAUAGAUGGGGUACUGGUUAUGAUGCGGGCAGCUGAAUUCUGGACCAAUUGUAGUUUAUGGAGAGUUUUAUGAGGGAGGCCGAAGAGGAGAGAGUUGCAGUAGUCCAGGCGGGAAGUGACAAGGCUGUGGACCAGAAUUGCAGCAGAAUGUGGGGUGAGGGAAGGGCGGAGGCGAUUAAUGGUGCAGAGGUGAAAGUGGGCAAUCCGGGUGAUGUUAUUGAUGUGCGAUCGAAAGGAAAGUGUGUUGUCAAGGAUUACUCCUAGGCUCCUGACUUGGGGGGAGGGUGAAACAGUGGAGUUGUCAAUGGUAAGGGAAAUGUUAUGGUUUUUUUUAGAUGGUGAAUCUAGAGCCAACAAGGAACACCUUAGCCUUCAAGUGACGUAGAGUGGGAGUGAACCAAGGGGCAGAGAUAGUGAAGCGGACGGAUCGUGUUUUUAAUGGGGCGAGGGUAUUGAGAAUUUUGGCAAGUCCUUUAUUGUAAUGGGAAGCCAGAUCUUUGGGGUUGGCUAGAUUAUGGAAUUCGGGAAGUCAGGAGGUGUGGAUGCUGGAGAUGAGGGUAGCUGGGGUGAUAUUCCUCAAAUUUUGGAAUGUAAUAAGCUGGAAUAAACUUUUUAGAGAUGGAUAGGAUGAGACUGACUGUGAAUGAUAUGAGAAAAUGGUCAGUAAUUGGGAGUUGAUUGGCUGUGAGGUUCAAGGGGGUGACACCUGAGCAGCAAAUUAAGUCCAGAAUGUGUCCUUUCGAGUGUGUGGGGAAGGUGAUAUAUUGGUGACAGUCAAAACUUUCUAAACAGGAAAUGAAUUUAUUGGUAAGAGGCAGGUUGAUAUUGUCUAAGUGGAUAUUAAAAUCGCCCAUUAUUAUUAUAUUUGGUGAAAGACAUAUUAAAUGGGAGAGAAAAGAAGCAAAGCCAUUUAAAAAAUUCACUGUUCUGUUUAGGAGGGCGGUAAAUAGUGGCGAUUAUGGUGGGAGUUGGACCAGACAGCUCACACACAGUGCACUCAAACGAGCUUGAAGUUUUUACAUAGACCGGCGAGACUUUCCAGCUCUCGCGGUAAAUUACCGCGAUAGGGCGAAAUUAACAGUGACAGUGGAGCUUUUAGAGGUGAUGGGAGUGUUAGCGGACCGGGCUAGGUGAGCUAACACGCUGUGGUUGACGGUCCUGCCGGAGAAGCGUGGCUUGCGACGGAAUGCUGACCAGAUUGAGGGUAUCGCUGAGAAGCGCGAGGGGGUAGGGAGGAGUGACAAGGGCGAUGAGGCAGGCGA